GCCGCCUCACCGGCACGCCUCUACUCCUGUGUCCCCCUCGGCCUCCCUUCCCCUUGGCCCUAAGGCGCGGUAAUUGAAGCUCCACGCGAGGAAGGACGUCCGCCCGCUUUCCCAGCCCUGUAGAAGCCGAGCCACCCGAGCGAGCGGACAAGCCGUCCAGUCCAAGCCGCGCGCCGCGGCGGCCGGCGGGGCCAGAAACGUCUCGGCCUCCGGGGGGGGCGCUGCUGCUGCUGCCCCCGCCCGCGGCGCUCUGGACGGCGAGGAGCCCCCUCCCCUUGCCGCUGGGCGUGUCCCGUCGCCACGGAGACGGGCCGGCCGAGGAGCCAAUGGCAGACACCGCCGGGGGCUCGUUUUGUCUGCCCGCGGCUGCGCCCGGGCGCAAAGCGAGCCAGAGCGGCCGUCGGGGGGAGCUCGCCCAGGGUCGCCACAGCGGGGCGGGGGGCGCCGGGCGAGCCGAGAUCGGCGGGAUCGGGUCCAGCGGGCGGCCCCUCGAUGGAUCUGCUGGUCCUAGGGGGGUCGGUGGUCGCUUUCCGCCUGCUCAAUGCCGGCCUGGAGCGCCUGGUGCCGCCGCCGCCCUCGGCGCAGCGCAACCGCUGGAAGUGGCGCAACGUCUGGACGUCCCUCGCCCACAGCCUGCUCAGCGGCUCGUGGGCGCUGCUCGGCUUCUACGUGCACCCGCAGAUGGCCGAGGACCUCAUCGACACCCACCUGCCCGCGGCGCAUCGCCUGCUCGGGAUCUCCGUCGGCUAUUUCCUGCAGGACUUCGCUGACAUAAUGGGCCACCAGAAGCUUCAGCGGUGCUGGGAGCUGCUUUUCCAUCACUCGGUGGUCAUCCUCUGUUUUGGCUUUGCCUUCCUGGUCCACCGCUUUGUGGGCUUUGCCACGGUGGCUUUGCUGGUGGAGGUCAACUCCAUCUUCCUGCACUUGCGGACGAUCCUGCUGAUGGCCGGCUUGGCCCACACCACCUCCUACCGCCUCACCAGCCUGGUCAACCUGGGCACCUACAUGGUCUUCCGCAUCACGACCCUGGCCUGGAUGACCCGCUGGCUGGUGCUCAACCGGGAGAACAUCCCACCCAACACCUACGCACUGAGCACGGUGGGCAUGGCUGUCAUGACCCCCAUGAACAUUGUCCUCUUCUACCGCCUGCUCCGCAGUGACUUCCUCACAUCCAGCCGGCGCGAGAAGGAGAAGUAAGGCCACCUGGCUCUCCCCUCCCACCAGCUGGCUAUAUGUAAGCGGGCAGAGAGGAGAGCCGACGGGCUGCCACCACCAUCAUCACCUUCUGCCUUCCAGGUUGCAGCUGCCCUCUAAUCCCUCCAGAUGGGAAUGAAGCAGCCACAGCUGCUGCCAUGCAAAGCAGGAGAAAGGGCAGGAAUGUGUUUCUGGAGAGUCUCUCGGGACAAUGGUCUGGUGCCCUCUGGUGGGGUGGAGAGAGGAGGGGGGGCUCUGCAGAUGCACAGGAAGGUGACCCAGCAGAGGCAGGGCCCAGGCAGGAGCCAAGGAUGCAAUGGGGCUUCCCCACAGCUGGUUGAAAUGACUGGGCCCUGCACAACCUUCAUAGUCUGAUGCCUUUGGCACCUUCCCCACCCCGAACGGCUCAAGGCAGUGCAGAUGUUCUCUGCCUUGGGGCUGGUGCUGUGGCAGGGGUUCUCUAAGGCCAGACCCCCUUGUUGGAGGUCCUUGGCAAGUGGCAGAGAGCCAGGAUCCGCCCUUAGACCUCUGGCUUGUUCCCUCCUGGCCCUUCUCUGCCGGAACCUGAAAGCAGGAUUGUGCUGGUCUCUCUCCAGAAUGUGACUCCUGAGGAGCCUUCUGUGCCAUGCAGCUCAGCCUCUUGGCAACCAAUGUUCUCCAGGUGCAUUUCUCUUUGGACAGAGGGGUGGUAGGGAGAGAUCUCUUUGGAGGGCUUGGCCAGCACUGGAACUCAGAAGCCACCUCUGGGGCUCUGCUGAGGCUGGAAGACACCAGUUUGCACUUGUCCUCGCACUGUUUUCUCUCUUUCUUGCAUGUGCAGAUGGACAGAAGACUUACAAGGAAAUCCCACCUUCCUCACCUCUCUCUAGAUCAAAUUGGGGACCCUGGCAUCUUCAGGGCCAGUUGCCACUGCCAGAUUCUGCCCCUGCUGGCCACCCAAAUUAAUACAAGGUAUUCCGUGCCAGUUGGCAACACCACCUUGCUAUCCUGGAUGCUGAGGGCAGUACCAGUUGACUUGCUAAGGGCCAAACAGCUUUCUCUGGGGCACUGCAGUAUUGUGUCGACAAUAAGAAAAAAUGCACUUACAAGAUUAAUCUCUUCUUUUUCUUUUUUGUAACAAGCUGUAUGGAUGUUUGCUAAAGUAAUCAAAA